CGUGUGACCGCCGACAGCCGAGUAAUCAGGAAGUACAACUUUUAUUUACAAAAUGUUGCUGGUGAUUGCACGUUAGAUAUAAGACUGCAGAUGACUUUUCUGGUAAACAAAUCUAGGUGUAAAUAAUGAAGACUGUUUACGGACAGGUGACCCACAGUUACAGAGACAGCAUGAAGGGAACAGAGCUGUUUAUUCUGAUGGUCAUUCUAACAGGAACAAUCACACACAUCAGAGCAGGCAGUGAUGAGUGCAAGGCAAGGUCCUUUGGUCAGAGCUCAGUAGUGUGUGAGUGUAAUGCUACAUACUGCGACUCGGUUGGUCGUGUCAACUUGCCUGCUGUGGGCCACUUCCUGUCGUUCCUGAGCAGCAGGGCGGGUAGAAGACUUCAGAGAGAACAGGGUCAAGUGCAGAAGAACAGCACUGGAGCAGCUCUCAGGAUCACCCUGGUCCCCAUAGAAAAGUACCAGCAUGUUAAGGGCUUUGGAGGAGCCAUGACAGAUGCGGCUGCCAUGAACAUUCUCUCUCUGACGACUAGAGCCCAGGACCAGCUGCUCAGACAGUAUUUUUCCCCAGAGGGUAUAGAGUACACCUUGGUCCGAGUACCAAUGGCCAGUUGUGAUUUUUCAACUCGUCUGUAUACAUAUGCCGACUUGCCCGAAGACUACAGCUUACUUAACUUUAGCCUGGCCGAAGAAGACACACACAUGAAGAUUCCUUUGCUGCAGCGGGCACAAGCCCUGUCUGCUUGGCCGCUGUCACUGUUUGCUUCUGCCUGGAGCUCCCCAGCGUGGUUGAAGACUAACGGUGCGCUCAUAGGGAAGGGCUCACUUAAAGGAAAGCCUGGGGGCAAAGAGUAUAAAACCUGGGCUCAAUACUAUAUCAGGUUUCUGGGAGAGUAUGAGAAGCACAAUCUCUCAUUCUGGGGGUUGACCACAGGAAACGAACCCACUGCAGGUGAAAUGACCAAUUACAGCUUCCAGGCUUUGGGUUUCACUCCUGAGCUCCAACGUGAUUGGAUUGCUAUGGACCUCGGUCCUGCACUUCAUUCAUCCCCAUAUGCCAAAACCCGCCUUAUGAUCCUGGAUGACAACAGAUUGCUGCUUCCUCACUGGGCCAAUGUGGUUCUGCGUGAUAUUCACGCUGCACGAUACGUCCAUGGCAUCGGCGUUCACUGGUACUUUGAUCGCCUCUUUCCUGCCAAAAUCACCCUGACGGCCACACAUGACCUCUACCCAGAGUACUUCAUUUUGGGCACAGAGGCAUGUCCUGGUUGGAGCAAACUGGACCGUGGUGUGCGGUUGGGCAGCUGGGAACGAGCUGAAGAUUACGCACAUGACAUUAUAGAGGACCUGAAUAACUAUGUAACCGGAUGGACAGACUGGAACUUAGCACUAGAUAUGAGUGGUGGACCAAACUGGGUCAAGAAUUUUGUGGACAGUCCUAUUAUCGUGGACCAGAGUAAAGACGUCUUCUACAAGCAGCCUACUUUCUACAGCAUGGCACACUUCAGUAAGUUCCUGUGGGAGGGGUCUCAGAGAAUAGGUGUGUCAGUUUCUGAACACACCGAACUGGAAAUUUCUGCCUUCAUCAGACCUGAUGGUUCAGCAGUGCUGAUCGUGUUAAACAGGUCUGAUGCUGAGGUGCAGUUUGAAGUCUGGGACCAGAGCCUGGGCUUUCUGUCUGCAAGUGCUCCUCCUCACUCCAUCCUCACACUAGUGUGGGCUACAUCCUAAUUAAAAUCAAUUAAAAAACGGCUUCAAUUACAAUUUACUUACGUCCCUAGACACACUCAUGCAAAUGUAAUCAGUCAGGAAUCCGGUCCACUAUCGACUAAGCGACAUGAAGCUGUGCUAAGAAAUUUUUAAACAAAUUUUCACAGGGAAAUCAAAGCAUGAUGUUGUGACUGUUUGGACAGUUGGCAGCGAUUGAUUGAUUCAGCCUGCUUUGAUUCUGAAGAAAAUGAGUCUGGAGUUUUAAGGUACUGAUAGACAGUUAUUUUUUUCAUUCUAAGUGUUAUGUUCAAGUGUGAGCUGUGGAAUCUUUAAUAUGCAUCAUUUGCCAUUAACACUUGAGAAGCUGCCUUUACAGUGACUUGAAACUUCAACAUGUGCUUGACCUGCUUUUAAUGUGAUAAUUUGGUAGACAGUUUGAAGCAAUGUGUACAUAAUUGGAUGGAAACAGUUUCCAUGAGGUUCUGACAAUAAAGGCUGCUAUGAGCUUAAGAAAA